GACAAGCUGGAAUCAUGCUGGAAUUCAAUUUUUUUGAGUCCUGAGGAUUUAAUUUGUCUUACACUAUAUUAAUAUUAAUAAUGUCAUCUUUCAUUGGCAGGACAGUAUUCUCAUUAUCAACCUGGUUGUUUCAAGAUUACCCCAUAUUGAUCUUAAAGCCUAAGGAUAAAGAGACAGGAAAUACUGUACAAGAUACUUUCCACAAUGGAUACUGGUUUGUUCAAACAAGCACUCACUUCACAAACCAUCUUUGGAGCUGUUCAGUUCGUUGUGGUUUUCCUCGGCUUUGGUGGAGUAUUGGUUGGUUUACAAUCCUAUCAUGCCAAUGAUAGAAAGAAUUUCAGCUGUCCCUCUAAGCCGGGCUCUAAGCCCGAUGAUUUCAACUGCUAUGACGAGUACACCUCUACCAUGAGCCCUUGGCUAAUACCUCGGAAUGUUGUUGCGAUUAUCUAUGGUGUUUUAUGUCUUUCGUGGAUUUGCUUCUCUCUCUACACUAAUGUGACAAUACGACAGAUCAAAAGAGAUCAAGAAGCCCAGCCAAACCACAGACAAGCUCAGUGGGGAAAGUUGCACUGUAUGUACAAUAUUCAUGUGGUCUUCCGACUUGUGUUCCUCGGUGGGAUGAUCGCGGUCUUUUGCAGUUCUCAGACCCUUGAUCUGCCUUCAGAGUUUGAAUGCAACCCACACACCUCUCAGACAAACAAGAACUCAAUUUCAGUCAACCAGACGGAAAGUGCAAUGCAAUGCAAGGAUCCUUAUUACAAGGAGAAAUCAAUUCUCAACAUUGCUAUCCUUGUCAUUGAAACUUUAGUUAUGAUACUUGGUAUAUCUGAGCUUCUUCAAUUGACAUUAACGAGGAAGCCAUUUCAGGAAAUGUUACUUGGAAAUGUCCUUGAAGUGACCAGCAACCUUGACAUGGAAAACUUGUCGGCUAUAGGAAACAAUUCAUCAGGUGAGACUAAGAAUAUUGAAAAUUAGUAGAAUUCUGCUAGUCUACCAAUGUAAAUGCUGCAAUCUGAUUGGUUGAGCUACUCGUACACUAUUAGCCAUUAGACUGCAGUGGCUGUUGGUUGUCUACGAAAUGCAACGUUUUUUUUCCGAAGAUUUAACGAAAGUUUAGAUGUGAGUGGAUAAUUAAAUCGCUGAGAAGACUAAAAGAAGAACAUUGGCGGUUUCUUGAAUUCUGCUAAAACAAUUUAUUAGAUUAUGAGCUCAAGAUUUCUAU